AGGGAACGAUCUUCCCCGACCCACCGACCCAUGUCAAAGCAGGCAUGGAAAGACAAGCUGAGUCUUGCCCAAGAGACGACGAAUCGGGCUACAAGGCAAGAGCUGGCGCGGGACUAUUCGAGUGCCUAUGAAACAUAUGUCCGCGCAGGCGAUCUCUACCUGUGGCUCGUCAAGAACCGGGAGCCGACGAGCGAGGCCACUGAACUGCGCGAGCGUCUGCGUAGGGUUCUUGGUCGGGCCGAGGCGAUCAAGCUGGCAGGAAGGGCAGCCCAAAUAGUGGAGCGGAGGCUACUCAGCGACGAGGAGCAGACAAGGGCUUUGGAAGCCUCUUCUUCCAUCGAUGGCAUUCCUCUUCCUCUGUGGAAAAGUACAGACGACAUUUCAACUUUGGCAUAUCAAGGCCAGCUCUUUGUGGACUCCGUGCCACAACCUGCGCUGGCGCCUGGCCAGGUGCAACAGAAAGCAACCUUUCGUCGGAGACACUCGUGGCUGAAGCAGCGUGACAGUGUGCCUCGAUGGGCUUCUUCGCCACUCUACGACUAUCGGACCCCCUUGCGAGGCCAUCACAUCGUUCAGGACGUCGUGACGGAUUGCAGCUUCGUCGCCGCCCUCGAGGUGGCAUGCGAGCACGACGCAACGUGGCACACACAGCUGGCACACGCUCCUCUUUACCCUAAAGAUUCUCGCGGAUUUCCUCGGUGGUCCGAGAAUGGAAAGCACUGCGUCAAGCUUCUCUUCAACGGAAUUCCAAGGCAGAUCGUCAUCGACGACAGCAUACCCUGCCGACCCGACGGUAAUCCAGUGUGUGCCACCGGCCUUGGCGCCGAUGGCUCGUAUCACAUCUGGCCAGCACUGCUGGAAAAGGCCUACUUACGUCUCCGCGGCGGGUAUGACUUUCAGGGCUCUAAUUCUUCCAUCGAUCUGCAUGCCCUUACUGGCUGGAUUCCAGAGCACAUCGGUUUCCAGCAUGCUGGCUUCCAGCGCGAAAAGGCCUGGGAUAGGCUCCGUUGGGCAUGGACGCGAGGCUACAUCAUGGUCACUGCUGGCACAACGCGAAACAUGGCGUCCAGAAGGGCGCCUGGACAGGCCUUUCUGGUCGACUCGCACAACUAUGCAGUUCUUGCCAUCGACGAGGAAGAGGGAGAGCGUUGGCUUACGCUCAUGAACCCAUGGAGAAGGUCGCCGUCCGAAGAAGAUGCCUCGACAUGGACGGGCGAGAUGCGAGCCUCGCUCGAGAAUUUCCAGACCAAUUCGCCGUCUUAUCUGGACCGCGAAAUUAUCCGUAUAACUUGGAGCGAAGCAUGCUCCAGGCUUGACUCGCUCUACCUCAAUUGGAACCCUGCCAUAGCAAAGCACGCCCUCACAGUACAUUCCCAUUGGCGGAAAGUUGAUGGAAGUGACCUUGGUCAGAAUCCUGAGCAAGCGCCAAUAACGACGACGACGAAGCCGACAACCAUGACAACGACGGCAAUUGUAGGACCGAGCCAGCAUUCGUCUUUCAGGCUCGCCAUAAAUGUGGACGAGUCAGAUGUUUCCGGCGCCGAGAAAACUGACGUGUGGCUCCACCUUGUUCGGCAUACAACUCAAUCCAGGGAAGACGAGGUUCAGUGGAUUGCCAUUCACGUCUUUGAGAGCGAGGCUGUGAAACAUAGAUUGCUGGCUCAUGGCAGCGACUAUCGCAUGGGCACCUACGUCGACAGCACCCACAACAUCGUUCGCUUCUCUACCAGUGCCCACCGACGGUCCGUCUACACCGUUAUAGUGUCGAGGAAUGGGUGCAACAACGACGCUACCUUUUCUCUAUCUGCCUUUUCCGCCGCCAAGAUCGAGCUUCACGAUAUCCCGAGGUCGUUCUCCUUCUCUCAGCUUGUGCAAUCGGGCUGGUCAGGAAAGAGCGCAGGUGGUAAUGCUGCCAGCUGGGCAUUCAUCCAUAAUCCGCAGUUCCGUCUGACGGUACCCCAAGCGACGAGCCUCGCCGCCAUGGUCGAGACGUCAAAAGACCUCCCCGUCCAAGUACUCAUUGUGUGGUCUCGACGGGGCAAACGCAUCUCUCACGUCUCGGAAGGCGACAUAGUUGCUUCUAGCGGCCUCUACAAUUAUGGCUUCGCCUUCGCGGAAGCCAAGAAGAUUCAGGCGGGCGUUUAUUCCGUUAUCGUGUCCACAUUCGAAGAGGGGCUGUCAGGCCUCUUUGCUCUCAAGGUCGAAAGUGAAGGCGAGAUUGUGCUCGAGGCCAUCGCUGCCGAAGGCGCUGGAAUGUUUCAUAAGACGCUAAGAGGUCGUUGGGAAAAAGAUGUGAGCGCCAUGGGAGGGCCGUCCCACGGCCGCUACCAUUGCAAUCCCCGCUUCAUCGUCGACGUAGACAAAGCCUGCCGACUCGUUGUCAGGCUCAGACCCGAAGUGAAAAAGGGAAUAGCUACGCCCUAUCUCAACAUCGCUCUUUUUCGGGUCAAUAAGACCCCUCGCUCUGCGUCCUCCAUCUCUCCGGCUGCGUCACCACCCGACAUAGGCGCUGAAGUGGCCAAUUCGGGCUCAUACGCCGACUUGUUAUCUGGUGUGGCCAUAGAAGAUGCGAGGUUAGAACCAGGGACCUACUCUCUCAUUGCUAGCACCUUCACACCUGGUGUCGAGUGUCCAUUUGUCAUUGAUCUGUACUCUAGUCUCCCGACGACCUGUAGAAGAGCCCAUUGAUGGUGAGAUGAAUGUAAGGUCACG